CCCGCAGCGCUCCGGCGGUGGGCACGCCCCUGGCGGGGGCUGCACCGGUGCCGGUGCGAAGGGCGCUGCCCGCGGGCAGGCGGGGCCCAGGGCUGCGGCUCCCAGCAGACAGGCCGGACGGCGGGACCGCUCGGGGCAGACCCCCACCCUCCCCCGGACACGGGCACCGGGAGGGUCGGCAUCCCGGGCGGAAAGGGGAGGUGACAUCCCCGGCCCGUGAGGAGGGCCGGCAGGACCGGCAGUGCCUGCCAGUGCCGGCGGGGAACGAGCCACGGGAACCGGGAAGAACAGCCAAAAAGCCCCUGCUCUCCUCUGGGGCGGCUGCCGUCAGGGCCCUGGGGCUGGCGGCUCGGGAGAAUCACCGGAGCCGUGAUUGGAAGUGCCAGCGCCACAGAUCCUGCACCCCUGUGGAUCAGAUGUCUUGAAGCAUUUCUGGGCUGAGCUGGUUUUUCAGUGCCUCAGGAGCCGUGGCGCCCCAGGUGUCCAUCAUGACCGACUGGGUGCUGCUGGGGCUGAUCGCGGCGCUGGUCGUGCUGCUGCUGCUCACCGUCUUCGGCUUCGUCGUCUACUCGGGGCUCUUCACCGAGGUGGUUGUGAGUGCUGGCUCCCCCCCUGUCGGCAACAUGACUCUGGCCUACAAGUUCAGGGUGGGCCCGUAUGGAGAAUCCGGGCAGCUCUUCACGGAUGGCUGCAGCAUCUCCUCCAAGCUCUGCUCCAUCGGCGUCUACUAUGACAACCCUCACACGGUGUCUCCAGAGAAGUGCCGCUUCGCCAUAGGCCGCAUCCUGAGCGAGGGGGACGCGAAGCCGUCGGAAGAGCAGAUCAAAAGGUUCCAGAAGUAUGGCUUUAAGAUCUUCAGCUUCCCUGCUCCCAGCCACGUGGUCAUGGCGACCUUCCCGUUCACUACACCGUUGUCCAUCCAUCUGGCAGUCAACCGUGUCCACCCAGCCCUUGACACUUAUAUCAAGGAGAGGAAGCUGUGUGCCCACCCCCGGAUCGAGAUCUACAAGCAGGACCGCAUCUACUUCGUGUGUCCCCUUGCCCGCCAAGGGGACUUCUAUGUGCCUGAAAUGAAAGAACUGGAGAGGAAGAGCAGGGCUGCUGCAGCUGUGGCCGAGGAUGCCCAGACAGACAUCACAGGUGUCGACACCAUGAGUGAGACGAGCUCCAUCAGCGUGGAGGCCACAACUGACAGCAGAGACACCUCGGUGGCCACCUCCAUCCUGCUGCCCCUGCCGGGCAGCCGUGGGCGGGAGGAGGCGGACACCCGCAGCGAGCACAGCUACAGCGAGUCGGGAGCCAGCGGCUCCUCCUUCGAGGAGCUGGACCUGGAGGCUGCCGGGGACGGGGAGGGAGCCCCAGGGCUGCUGCCUGACGCGGGCUACGGCAGCCAGGAGGUCACAGACAAGUGGACCAAGGAGCCCACUGCUGCCGAGAGAGGAGAGGAGUGAAGAGACCUGGCUGCCUCACCUCCCACCGGGGUCUGAGUUACUGGGAACCAGUUGCCUUUCCCGCCUCCUUCCUCUCCAGCCAAGAGAUUUUGGUCGCCGAUUCCCCCCGGGACCUGCUCUCCCUCUUUGCAGAAAGGGUGUUUGACCGUUUUUGGGGGUGCUGGGAGGUGGGGGGGAUCUCUGUGGUGCUUGGUGGCUCAGGGUUAGGUACAGGCUGGGGGGACAGCAAGGUGCAUUUGCUGUGUGUGUGUGUCCAGGCAAAUGGCAGAUUCCUUGCAGGUGUCUGGAGGAUGGUGGUGGAUGUCAGAGAGGUCCCCCCUCAUCUCUGCUGGUGCCCCUCUCACCCACAGCUUCUCUCUGCUGCACCACCACAUUUUCUAGCACCAAAGAGCUGUGAGUUGGGUCAGAUGGGUUUGUUCCCCUCUUCUCUUCCCCUUGCUGAACAAUGGAAACAUCCUGUGUAAAUGUGGUCCUCCUGGCACUGCCACGGGCGCUUUGGGGUCUGUAAUAAAGUGGAUGCUUUUCCUCA